UACUUAGCCUAUCUUGCGCACCGUGCUCAGUCCAUGGGAUCACUGUGGGGAAACAACUCAGCCACUGGGAAAGACACAAAAAGGUUUCUUACUUAGCAAAUUGUACCAAUAUAAAAGGUUGACACUUGUAAAGAAUAUUCGCAUUGAUGACGACUAUUAUUAAGGAGUUUCAUGAUUGGGUCCAAGGACAUUCUCAGAAUAUCCUGUGGCAUUGAGGAUUAUUUGAUUUGAGCGUCUGCAAUGACAACCCAUCAAGCGUGUAGGAUUACCAUUGCCAGCUGUGCCUUGACUCACCAGCUCCACUCAAUGGACUAAAAUCUUGAACUAAAGAAUUUGGGGGAUUUCAUUAAAAACAGAACCAUGGGUGACUCCAUGUAUUCUGACUUGAUAGCCAGACACUACAACUUCACAGGGAAGCUCCGGAAAGUGGAGCAGGAUUCCAGGCUCAAAGCGGACUCUGUGGUUUUCAUCAUUGUAUGUUGCUUCAUUAUUCUUGAGAAUGUCUUGGUCCUACUUACCAUUUGGAGGACCAAGAAGUUCCACAAGCCCAUGUACUACUUUAUUGGGAACUUAGCUUUAUCAGACUUGCUGGCUGGGGUGGUGUACACUGCCAACAUCCUGCUGUCAGGUGCCAACACAUACAAACUGACCCCCACACAGUGGUUCUUCCGGGAGGGGAGUAUGUUUGUGGCCCUGGCAGCCUCAGUCUUCAGCCUGUUGGCCAUCGCCAUUGAGCGCCACCUCACCAUGCUGAAGAUGAAGUUACACAACAAUGGCAACACGUGCCGUGUCUUCAUGCUCAUCAGCACCGUGUGGCUGAUUGCAGCCAUCUUGGGCGGCCUGCCCAUCAUGGGCUGGAAUUGCAUCCAGAGCAUGCCCAGCUGCUCCACCGUACUGCCGCUCUACCACAAGACCUACAUCCUGUUCUGCACCACCGUCUUUAGCGUCAUCCUCAUGGCCAUCGUGGUACUGUACGCGCGCAUCUACGCCCUGGUGCGCACCCGCAGCCGCAAGAUGGUGUUCCGCAAGGUCUCCAACGGCCGCGGCGGGGGUAGCGCUAGCAGCAAGAGCUCUGAGAAGUCCAUGGCCCUGCUGAAGACCGUAAUCAUCGUGCUGAGCUGUUUCAUCGCCUGCUGGGCCCCACUCUUCAUCCUUCUGUUGCUGGACGUGGCCUGCGACAUCCGCAUGUGCCCCAUCCUGUACAAGGCCGAGUGGUUCCUGGCCUUGGCCGUGCUCAACUCGGCCAUGAAUCCCCUCAUCUACACACUCACCAGCAACGAGAUGCGUCGCGCCUUCCUCAAAACGCUCCUGUGCUGCAGCGUCUGCACCCAGCCCUCCGGCAAGUUCUCCCAGCCCAUUAUUGGUGCAGAGUUCAGCCGGAGCAAGUCGGACAACUCGUCCCACCCCAAUAAGGAUGAGCCGGAGUACUUGCCAAGGGAGACCAUCGUAUCCUCUGGGAAUAUCACCUCCUCUUCUUAAAGAGCCUUCUGGACUGUUGUGUGAAAAGUAGCUCCACUGCUUAGGAAGUGUGGAUGUAUAUAUGUUUUUGUGCAGUGUGCAAGUGUGUUUGUACAUUAUGUAUAUACAUGUGUAUAAGUUGUGUGUGUGUGGUUUUGUUGCCCUGUGGAUGUGUGGAUGUACAGUAUGUCAGUUUGUACAGUAAGUUGCCUCUUCAGUUUCCAUUUGUUUUAUCACUUCACAAAGUGUCUGUCCAUGUCAGAGAGUAGAGAUAUAGAGUUGUUUAGUUUGUUUUCUUCUCCCCUCACACCUUGGACUGCCAGCACUGAUCUGAAUAUGUUCAUAUUCAAAAGACAAUGGGAAGCACACACACCCAAACUAUAAACCUGAUUUACAGUAUAGCACCUAAAUUGUAAACCUGGCUUACAGUAUAGCACCUAAACUAUAAACCUGAUUUACAGUGUAGCACCUAAAUCCUAAACCUAUUUUACAGUAUAGUACCUAAAUUGUAAACCUGAUUUACAGUAUAGCACCUAAAUUGUAAACCUGGUUUACAGUAUUAUGAGAAGAAGACGUUUUUGUCAAAGGUAUUUUUUGUAUUUAGCACAGCACUUGUUGUAAAAGUGCUAAAUAAGAACCAUCAACCCAUUAUAGGUGUUUACUGAUUCUCUAUAAUGGGUGUUGAUGGAAGAGUAAAAAUGGUUUGUAGUGCUUAUUGUUCUUAUUGAAAUAUUUAAGAAAUACAAUGAAUGAAGUGCUUGUGUAUCUUCGACUAAACUCUGAAGGCUAGUACAAUGUAAAUUCUACCCCCUGAUUGAGAAUGUAUUUUGUACUUGUAAUUUGGUUUAUUUCACUCUCAUUGGAUAAAGUUCUUUGUAGCAAAGCAAUGUAGUUGCAAUAAUAAUUUAUAUUCAAAAGCGAAAAAGGCAUUUGGUUUGUGUGACAAAGGUUAUCUUUUUUAUCCACUCAUGAUUUUAUUGUCCUUUCCGUUUCACUUUUAGAUGAAGAUACCGUAGCUCCAGCCAUUCAACAUAUUUGUCUGUCCCUCAGUUACCACUCUCAAAAAUCAUUUCAACUCUUGUGAAAACCAGCAUGCCCCAGUAAUAGGGAAGGGCAUGAGGUUGAAAACAAAAAAAGAUUGACGGCAAAGGAUAAGCAAUAGCACUGGUCCAUUCCUGAAAGUACCGAGCCCAAUAAUUACUUACAUUUUCAUAACGGCAUAAGUUAAUGCCCAUUGUCACCAAUAGCUCACUGGAAUCCUCCCAUAUAGAUUUGUUGUUGAGAGCACCGUUAAACACCCAUGGACAAGUACAAUGUCGCUUUUCAGGGGUCACGUAAUCACAAACUCCCAUGUGGACCCAAGUCAUAUUUUGCACGUGUUUUGGUUAGCUCUUAAUAAAUAUUGGAAAUAAAAAAAUUGUAUUGUU